UAGUGAUUAGCACCCAGCACUUCCCACAGACACCUAUAAAUCUAGCAGCAGCAUCAUUGUUCUCCAGCAUCAGCACCAUCCUGCCAGCUGCGGCUGCAUCAGGUAGACCCACAGGAAGGCAUCAUUAGAGCAAGGGCAAGGAGUCAAGAUGGCAGGUAUCCUAGUUUGGUUUUGGAAUGAGAGAUUUUGGUUGCCUCACAAUGUAACCUGGGCAGAUCUGAAGAACACAGAGGAGGCUACUUUCCCCCAGGCUGAAGAUCUCUACCUUGCCAUCCCUCUGGCAUUCUGCAUCUUCAUGAUACGCCUGUUCUUUGAAAGGUUUAUAGCUAAACCGUGUGCUUUGGCUCUUAAGAUCCAAGCCUGUGGACCACAGAAGGCCCAGCACAAUGCCAUUCUGGAAAAAGUAUUUACUGCAAUCACAAAGCACCCCGAUGAAAAGAGACUGGAAGGACUUUCCAAGCAGCUGGACUGGGAUGUACGUAGUAUUCAGCGCUGGUUUCGGCAGAGAAGGAAUCAAGAAAAGCCAAGCACCCUGACACGGUUCUGUGAGAGCAUGUGGAAAUUCACUUUCAACCUUUAUAUAUUUACUUAUGGGGUCCGAUAUCUCAAAAAGACUCCUUGGCUCUGGAACACAAGACAGUGUUGGUACAACUAUCCCUAUCAGCAGCUGACGGCAGAUUUACAUUACUACUAUAUUGUGGAGUUGUCUUUCUACUGGUCUUUGAUGUUUUCUCAAUUCACAGACAUCAAAAGAAAGGAUUUCGGAAUUAUGUUCCUUCACCAUCUUGCAACAAUAUCCCUGAUCACAUUCUCAUAUGUAAACAACAUGGUACGGGUGGGUACCUUGGUGAUGUGCCUUCAUGACAUGGCGGAUGUUUUGCUAGAGGCGGCCAAAAUGGCAAAUUAUUCCAAAUGUCAAAAACUGUGCGACCUCCUGUUUGUCGUGUUCGCUCUGGUGUUCGUAAUUGCCAGACUUGGUGUAUUCCCUUUAUGGAUACUAAACACUACUCUGUUUGAAAGCUGGGAAAUUGUCGGCCCUUAUCCCUCCUGGUGGGUCUUUAAUCUCCUGCUGUUACUGCUUCAAUCUCUGCAUCUAUUCUGGUCUUACCUAAUAGUCAAGAUUGCUUGUAAAGCCAUCUCGAAAGGCAAGACUGGGAAAUGGAAUCCUUUGCAUGUGUCAAAGGAUGACAGAAGUGAUAUUGAAUCCAGCUCGGAUGAAGAAGAUUCAGUACCACGCACACAGAAAUCACAUCACACCAGUACCAAUGGGGUCAACAGCUCAAAUGGAACAAAUGGUUACCUCACUGGUGCCGCACCUUCAGAUGAACAUUAGAGGAAAAGAAACAUUUCUUCAAUUGAACAAUAAACUGUUUGCUACAGGACACAUCUAGUAACUUGUGAAUGAGGUUUCUCCAUGUAUCUCUGCAUCAGAAACCAAUAUAGGAAUAUUCAAACUGUGCACUACCAUUAUUUGUCAUGACUUGAGGAAGAAGUAAUAAUGAGCAACAUGUGCGGGCAUGCUUUGGGUUUCAACAUGAGUCAGUAUUUUCAUCAGCCUGAAUGUUAUAUAUUGUUCAUAUUUGAAGGGUAUGUCUGUUUAUAUUAGAAGGUUCCCCCCCCCCCCAAAAAAAAAGUCUGAUCACAGAUAAUGCUAAGACCUCCAGCAAUCAGCUAUAAUCAGGACAGGCAAGUCUUCUGUAAGUGUUCAUUUCCCCCCACAGCACCACCUCAGGUGAAAAGAAGCAUUACAUGAUGCUAUCUUUUUAAUGGACAUCCAGCCUGGGUCCUCCAGAGAGAUGCAGCUGCCCUCAGCUAUAUCUAGUUUAUGGAAGUAACAAAUGUGGCACUCAGAAUUUCCUAAUAGUAUAUAUGGAUUUUCUAAACCAGACAUCCCCACUAAAGCAGUUGUUCACUUUGAACAACUCUCUUUGCUUCAAAUCUUUCCUGCAAUAAGCUACUGUAUUUGCGGUUGUCCCAGUGCUGGGACUUCUGUCAAUGAGUGCCAAUGUCAAGAGAACAGCAAGUCCCAGGAACCAGAUGUGAGUCUGAAAAAAUGCUGCAGACAUCUAACUUUUUGCAUCUUUUUCAAUUGAUGUCUAUGAAAUGUAUUAUCGCCAGAUCACUAAAACAUCAUGGUGACUCCUACAGGGCUUCAAAUAUCUCCAGUAUUUUGUCACUACGUGGAAAAUGCAGCAUUACUCUCUGUCCAUUAUUCAAGUCAUCCAUUUAUUUCAGUAAAUACAAAGGAAAACGUUUAUCUUUUUUUCUUUAAAUGUCACUGUGUACGAUGGUGAUGAAGAUCUGCAAUCGUAUUACUCUUGAUUGAUAUACUUUUCAUAAUCAUCAGUUUGAUUUUCUGUGUCAGUGUGAUUAAAACUUGACAUAUUGUGGUAAAUUAUAGUUGUCAGUGUGUGCAAAUCAUGUACAUAAAAUGGAAGACAUAUAGAGAGCCUCAUAUACAAAGUGUUGUAUGAACUGUUGGAAAAGACUGUGGAGUCUUGGCCGAUCCUCAUGUCCUCUGAUGCUGAGGAGUGUGUGAUUUCCCCUGCAGAUUCUGCAGCAUUUCGGCCCAUUUUGGGCGUUAAGGUUCAAGAUUUUUUUUUUCUAUUUCUUUUCUAUUGAUGUAGUUGUAUAGUCCUGUAUUUUUCAGCGCCACCAUAUUGGGUUGCGUAUAAUUUACUGCUUAGCUUUUUUUUCUAUAGUUUUUGGUAGGGAAUACAAAAAAUCUGCAA